CGAGUGCCACCGACGGCCAUCAAAAGACGGAAAGACGAAAUGUACAACGAUCGAAUCUUAUGAACAGCCAUUUUGUUUUUUGUUCAUGUGGAUAAACCCUUGUGUGUGAAUUUCUUGCUGAAUAUUUUUAAUUACUUCUGCUAAUUAAUAUAUUCAAGGUUCAACGUGUUAAUUAAGUGAUAACGAAAGAAAUUGUGACCUAAAGCAACUGAAAUGGGUCGGGGAAGGGAUCGUAGCCGAGACAGACGCCGUAGUCGUUCUAGAAGCAGGAGCAGAAGUCGUAGUCGCAGCCCUCGUUAUGGUUUGGGGUCUGGCGGUGGCGGCGGCGGCGGCGGCGGCGGCGGCGGCGGAUAUGGCGGUGGCGGUGGCGGAGGACGCCGAAACAAUCCGGGCGCUAAUUUACGCAAGCCAAAAUGGGAUUUGAGUAGAUUGAAAGCUUUUAAAAAGGACUUCUAUGUCCCCCAUCCGGACGUUGAGAGUAGGACUGAUUCCGAGGUGGAAGCUUGGAGAAGCGAAAAUUACAUCACUUUGAAGGGUCGUAAUGUACCAAAACCAACAAUGACAUUUGACGAAGCUGGAUUUCCUGACUAUGUUAUGGAUGAAAUUGAAAAGAUGGGAUUUUCUAAGCCAACUCCAAUUCAAGCUCAGGGUUGGCCAAUCGCUUUGAGUGGAAAUGAUAUGGUUGGCAUUGCUUCAACAGGCUCUGGGAAGACUCUUUCAUACAUUUUGCCAGCUAUUGUACACAUUAAUAAUCAGCCUAAAUCAAGUAGAGGGGAUGGACCAAUAGCCUUGGUCCUCGCCCCAACCAGAGAACUCGCUCAGCAAAUCCAAGAAGUUUGUGACAAGUUUGCAAACACUUCAAAAAUUCAUAACACAUGUUUGUUUGGAGGUGCCCCUAAAGGUCCACAAGCUAGGGAUUUGGAUGCUGGAGUUGAAAUUGUUAUAGCAACUCCUGGGCGCUUACUGGAUUUCUUAGAAAGUGGUCGAACUAAUCUGAAAAGAUGUACAUACUUAGUGUUAGAUGAGGCAGACAGAAUGUUGGAUAUGGGAUUUGAACCUCAAAUCAGAAAAAUCAUAGAACAAAUCAGACCAGAUAGGCAAACUCUCAUGUGGUCUGCUACUUGGCCAAGAGAAGUACAAACUUUGGCUUCUGAGUUUCUAAAGGAUUAUUUACAGAUUAAUGUGGGCUCAUUGCAAUUAGCUGCUAAUCAUAACAUUCUACAAAUCAUAGAUGUUUGUAUGGAAUAUGAGAAGGAAACAAAAUUGAGCACCUUACUUAAGGAAAUUAUGGCUGAAAAGGAAAAUAAAACCAUAAUCUUUAUUGAGACAAAACGCAGAGUUGAUGAUAUAACUAGAAAAAUGAAAAGAGAUGGAUGGCCAGCAGUGUGCAUCCAUGGUGACAAGUCACAGAAUGAACGCGACUGGGUGUUACAAGAUUUUCGUAGUGGCAAAGCUCCUAUACUUGUAGCAACAGAUGUUGCAGCAAGAGGAUUAGAUGUGGAUGAUGUAAAAUUUGUUAUAAAUUUUGACUAUCCCAGUAACUCAGAAGAUUAUGUCCACCGAAUUGGAAGAACUGGGCGGACAAAUAAAACUGGGACUGCUUAUACAUUCUUUACACCAUCAAAUGCUGCUAAAGCUUCUGAUCUUGUAUCUGUUUUAAAAGAAGCAAAACAAGUUGUUAAUCCUAAACUCCAAGAGUUGUCAGAACGUGGUGGAGGUGGAGGAAGACGUCAUCGCGGCCGAGGUGGAAGAUUUCGACGAGGACGACGCUCACGAACACGAUCGCGUUCUCGGGACCGGCGCCGGCGCUCACGUACACGUUCGCGUUCUCGAGAUCGUCGCCGUCGCAGACACAGUUCAUCCAGAUCUUCACGCAGCAGGUCGUCAAAAUCCUCGCGAAGUCGUUCACGCUCACGCUCACACGUACGGUCACGAUCAAGAAGCCGAUCACGCUCAGGCAAGUGCAGCCCACAGAAGGAUGGUUCUAACACUGGACCACAGCCUGCGCCCCAGGCACUCCUGCCGACGCCCAAGCCGCUCCUGCCCACACCCAUCGGCCCUCAGUUGCCCCCGUCACAGUUCGAUCGACCUAAUGGUAGAGUUGCCUUGACCCCCCCGCGCGAUGAUAAAACACGGUCUAAUGAUAAGGAUUUGGCUCCUAAGAAUACUUCAAGUAAUAGUAAUAAUCAAAGUAGUAACAAUACAAUUUUGCAGCAACAACAGCAACAGCAGGCGAAUACCAUUCCACCUUUGAUGGCCCUAAACCCACAAAUGAACAUGUGCAUUCCUCCUCCUAUGAAUGGCCAAGGCUUUGUUAUGCCUUCAUACUUUCCUAGCGAUCAGUAUGGUAUGAUGAUGCCUAAUUUCGCUCCGAACCCUAUGCUAGACGCUUCGACAUGGGGAGCUCCGCCUCCGCCCCCGCCCCCUCCUCCUCCGGCCGAGUCCACCGAAGGUUUCCAAAACAAUUACAAUUACGGACAGAGCGUUUUGGGGCAAGGUGGCAUGGAGUCAGAUUCCAGAAAACGCGGAGGUCGCUCUGGUGGCCUCGGAAGUUCGAGCUCAUACGGCUUGAGCUCUGGCAGCAGCGGUGGAGGCCUCCGGUCCAGUGGCGGUGGCCUAGGCUCGGGCGACGGCCCUGCCCAUGGCGGUGGCCUCGGCUCUGGUGGCCUGGGCUCUGGCGGCGGCCUCGGCUCAGAGGAGGGCCAAGGCGGCUCGCGCUCGCGUGGCGGCCGACGGCGGCGAGGAAGAGGACGCGACCACGAUGACUAUAGCUCGGAUAAUCCGAGUGGUGGUCUCGGGUCUCAAGACUCUGGCGGCUCGGGUGGCCUAGGUGGACUGGGCGGCCUGGGCCAAUCUUCUGGCGGUUUGGCUUCUGGCGGUCUCGGCGUACCCCAUGGGAGCCUACUGCCGCGCAUGCUCCCGCAGAAUGUUGGCGACUUCGGUGGACAACAGGCAGCUAACUUCACCGCUUUUGGUUCUUAUGGUUCUAAAAAUAUUAAUAAAAGAACACAACAAGGAAAUCCGGAUGGAGAUUAUAACGAAAGCAAUAUUGACGGUCCCGAAUAUUAUGGCCAUCAAAACAUGGGCCCCGGCCGACCUUUUGCUACUAAUAUGGAUCAAUUUUCCAAUGGUGCGCAGGCUAAUGGCUCUAUGGGGUACAGAAAUGACCGCCAGGGCAAUCGCCAACGACGGUGAAUGAGAUUGAGAGAAUGGCUAUAAUGGUGAUUCGCGUCGACGAAGAAGGCGAUGAAUAUCGAAAACAUGUGCAGCACCAGAACAAUGUUAAUUAGAGAGCUUGUUAUAUUCAUUCCAUACAUUAUGCGUUUAAUCACACCUAUUUUAUCCAAAAACCGAACAAAAUCUUAAACCACAUUUAUGCAUUAAUUAUUAAAAUCUGAUUUCAAACAAGUAAGACAAUUGUAAAGUAAAAUAGGUAUAAAUCCUACAAGUGUGAUAAGUUUGUAAUUAAGGUCUACCGAAAAUUGAAUAGCGCUGAGAAUUUCAUUAUGUUACGCGUAACUAAUCUCAUACUACUGGAAGCUAAUUUAAAGAGAAUGAUAAAAUAGAAGUUAUAUAUCUUUGUAUGCAAACUGCAGCUUUAUUGCAAUUUGUCAAUUUUCUGUAUUUUGAGUGAUCUAUUAUAUCCAUUUUUAUACUGCAAGAAAAUUACUUUGUUAUCAAGUAGGAUCAAUUUUGAUUUGUUUCCCGAUUUAUGACACAUGUUUGACUUAAGAUGUGAUUUUGAUGGAAAAUUGCAUUAAACUUUAACGAUUGCAAAUUAGAAUUUGCAGUUAAAACACAAGCCUUAUAGUUCUAAAGCUAUGAGUCCGCAAACAUAUUAAUACAUACUAUAUUGUAUUUAUGUUUUUAAAUAAGUGUAACAAAAUAAAAGUUUACUUUAACUUU